CAUCAGCCAUGAAAGAGGUUGUGCUUGCCCUGACUCUGGCCCUUGUGGCUGGUCACCCUCAAAACUUUGCUCCUGAUUUUGCUGCUGGUAAGACAUACGUGUACAAAUAUGAGGCACUGCUCCUGGGCGGUCUGCCGGAGGAAGGUCUGGCAAGAGCUGGGCUCAAAGUCAAGAGCAAAGUUCUCAUCAGUGUCGCAGCCCAGAACAUGUACAUGUUGAAGCUUGUGGAACCUGAGCUCCAUGAGUACAGUGGCAUUUGGCCAAAGGAUCCUUUAAUCCCAGCACCCAAGCUGACUGCAGCUCUGGCACCUCAGCUCAUGAUUCCCAUCAAGUUUGAGUAUGCAAAUGGUGUUGUCGGAAAAAUGUUCGCCCCUGAGGGAAUGCCAGUCAUGGUGAUGAACAUCUACAGAGGUAUCUUGAAUGUCCUUCAGCUCAACAUCAAGAAGACUCAAAAUGUCUACGAGUUGCAGGAGGCUGGAGCUCAGGGUGUGUGCAAGACCCUUUAUGCCAUCACCGAGGACGAAAAGGCUGAUCGCAUCCUUUUGACAAAGACCAGGGAUCUGAACCACUGUCAGGAAAAGGUCAUGAAGGACAUGGGGAUGGCAUACACUCAGUCAUGUUCAAAAUGCCAGCAGGAUUCAAAGAACCUCAGAGGAACAACAUCAUACAACUACGUCUUGAAGCCAGUUGCUGAUGGCAUGCUGAUCUUGGAGGCAGCUGUCAAUGAGUUGAUUCAGUUCUCACCUUUCACUGAGAUGAAUGGAGCUGCUCAGAUGCAGACCAAGCAAUCCCUGGUCUUCCUUGAGGCUCAGAGGGCCCCUAUCGUACCCAUCCAAGCCGAGUAUCUUCACCGUGGAUCUCUAAAGUAUGAAUUUUCCACCGAGCUGCUUCAGACACCCAUUCAGCUCAUUAAAAUCAACAAUGUGCAAGCUCAGAUUGCAGAGAUUCUGAAUAAUCUCAUCACCCACAAUGUGGAGAGAGUCCAUGAGGAUGCCCCUUUGAAGUUUUUUGAGCUUGUUCAACUACUUCGUGCAGCCCGCUUUGAUGACCUGGAAAAGCUCUGGAACCAAUACAGGAACAAGCCUGCCUACAGACAGUGGAUCUUGGAUGCCAUCCCUGCCAUUGGAACUCCUGCUGCGCUGAAAUUCAUAAAGGAGAAAUUCCUAGCUGAGGACCUGACUGUUGCUGAAGCAGCUCAGGCUUUGAUUGCAUCUAUUCACAUGGUGACAGCAAAUACUGAGGCCAUCAAGCAGGUUGAGGCCCUAGCAAUGAACAACAAAAUAGUCGAGAACCCAGUUCUACGUGAGAUCGUCUUCCUUGGAUAUGGUACCAUGAUUUCCAAAUACUGUGUUGAGAGGACUGUCUGCCCUGCUGAACUCAUCAAGCCCUUCCAGGACCUUCUUGCAGAAGCUGUUGCUAAGGAUGAGACCCAGGACAUCAUCCUGCUUUUGAAGGUUUUGGGUAACGCUGGCCUGCCUACUAGCCUUAAGCCAAUCACAAAGAUCCUGCCCAUACAUGGCACUGCAGCUGCAUCUCUUCCCAUGAGAGUUCAUGCUGAUGCAAUCAUGGCCUUGAGGAACAUUGCAAAGAAAGAGCCCAGAAUGAUCCAGGAAUUGGCUCUUCAGCUUUACAUGGACAAGGCUCUUCACCCAGAGCUUCGUAUGCUUGCAUGCAUUGUCCUGUUUGAGACAAGACCUGCAAUGGGUUUGGUGAUAACUCUUGCCAACAUUGUGAAGACAGAGGAGAAUCUGCAGGUUGCAAGCUUCACUUAUUCUCAUAUGAAGUCCCUGACCAGGAGCACCGCUGCUAUCCAUGCUUCAGUUGCUGCAGCAUGCAACGUUGCCGUCAAAUUUUUGAGCCCAAGACUUGACAGACCAAGCUUACGUUUCAGCAAAGCCAUCCACAUGGACAUCUAUAACAGUCCCUUGAUGCUCGGUGCUGCUGCCAGCACUUUCUACAUCAAUGAUGCUGCCACUAUUCUGCCCAAAUCUAUUGUGGCUAAGACCAGUGCCUACAUUGCUGGUGCUGCUGCAGAUGUUCUGGAGGUUGGGGUUAGAACUGAAGGACUCCAGGAGGCUCUUCUUAAAAACCCUGCACUUAUGGACAAUGCUGACAGGAUCACCAAGAUGAAGCGUGUCAUUAAGGCUCUGUCUGAUUUGAGGACUCUGCCCAAACGUACACCUCUGGCCUCCAUCUACGUCAAGUUCUUUGGACAAGAAAUUGCCUUUGCUAACAUUGACAAAGCCAUCCUUGAGCAGGCCAUUGCGCUCUUCACUGGACCAUCUGCCCAGGCUUUUGGUAGGAACGCUGUCCAGACUCUGCUGUCUGGUGCAUCCUUCCGCUUUACUAAGCCUCUGCUGGCUACUGAAGUGAGGCGUAUCCUGCCCACUGCUGCUGGUCUUCCAAUGGAGCUCAAUCUUUGCACUGCUGCUGUGGCUGCUGCAGCUGUUCAAGUCAAGGCCACCACAACACCACCACUGCCAGAAAACUUCCAUUUGGCUCACCUUCUGAAGACAGACAUACAGCUUGAGACUGAGAUCAAACCAAGCAUUGCUAUGAACACAUUUGCUGUGAUGGGAAUUAACACAGCUGUCCUCCAGACUGCCAUGAUAUCAAAAGCCAAGUUCAAUUCCAUUCUGCCCUCCAAAAUCUCUGCAAGACUUAACAUCAACGAGGGUCAUUUUAAGAUUGAGGCUCUGCCUGUUUCUGUACCUGAGCCCAUUGCAGCUGUACAGGUUGAGACUUUUGCUGUGGCCAGAAAUAUUGAGGAUCCCGCUGCUGCAAGAAUCACUCCCAUUAUCCCUGCCAAAGUCUAUGAGCCCAUCUCAAUGGAUAUUCUCAGAUCUAAGAUUGCUUCCUCUGCUGCUGCUAGUUGGUCAAAAUCCUCAGAGAUCCUGCAGGAUGUGGCAGUUGACAAGGCAAUUUCUAAACCCAAAGCAGCUAAGUUGAACAAGAAGUACUGUGCUAAAGCUUAUGCCAUUGGGCUGAAGAGCUGUUUGAAGAUUGCCUCUGAAAAUGCUGCUUUUAUAAGGGACACUGCCUUGUACAAACUGGUUGGAAAGCACACUGUUGCCUUGUCUUUGAAACAAAUUGAAGGUGAAGUCAUUGAGAGACUGGAGAUGGAGGUUCAAGUUGGACCAAAAGCUGCAGAGAAGCUCAUUAAACAAAUUAACCUGAGCGAAGAAGAAAUUGCUGAGGAAAGACCCAUCUUGAUGAAGCUCAAGAAAAUCCUGGCUCCUGGUCUGAAGAAUGGCACCAUUUCCUCCUCCUCUAGCUCCAGCAGCUCUCGCUCAAAGUCCUCUUCUGCCUCCUCCAGCUCCUCAUCUCGAGUUAGUAGCAAGGCCAUUGGUGCAACUGCUUCAGCCAAAAGACUUCACAGCAGCAGCAGCAGCAGCAGCAGCAGCCGCAGUAGCAUUAGCAGCAGCAGCAGCAGCCGAAGCAGCAGCAGCAGCAGAAGCAGCUCCUCCAGAUCUGUGAGCAGGCCUUCCAAGUCCAGCUCCGCAUCUAGCCUCGCCUCUCUCUUCAGCGCUAGCUCUAGUUCUUCUCGCUCCAGCGCUCGUACCUCAAAGCAAAUGAUUUAUCGCCAUAAGUUCCAGAAGAACCACAAGAAGCAGUCUCAAGCCACCUCAGCUGCAGUUUCCAGGAGCAGAAGCAGUGCCUCAAGCUUUGAGGCCAUCUACAGAAAGAACAAAUUCCUUGGCAGUGAAGUUGCUCCUUCUUUUGCCAUCAUCUUCCGGGCUGUCAGAGCUGACCACAAGGUGCAAGGAUUUGAACUCUCUGCCUACUUGGACAAGCCUUCCGCAAGAAUUCAGAUUAUUCUGGCUGCCUUGGCUGCCAAUAACAACUGGAAGCUCUGUGCUGACGGAGUUGUGCUCAGCAAGCACAAAGUCACAGCCAAAAUUGGCUGGGGAGCAGAAUGCAAGCAAUACGACACCAUAAUCACAGCUGAGACGGGUCUUCUUGGUCCAAACCCUGCAGCUCGCCUCAGAGUGACCUGGAAUAACCUUCCUUCUGCAAUUAAACACUAUGCAAAGAUCGCCUAUGACUACAUCCCUGCUUCAGUGCUGGCUGGCUUGAUUAAAGGAAAGGAUGAAAACAGUGUGAAGCAGCUAUCAUUUACAGUGGCUGCCACAUCUGCCAAGACCCUUGACAUCAUUUGGAAAACACCAACACGUACUGUCUAUAAGUUGGCUUUGCAUCUUCCCGUUGCUAUGCCACUUGAGCAGAUCAAAGGUCUCACCCCCUUUGAUGACCUCGCUGACAAAAUCCACUACUGGUUUGCCAAGGCUGGCGCAGCUGAAUGUAGCUUCGACAGAGACACACUGACCACAUUCAACAACAGGAGAUACAAGAACGAGAUGCCCUUGUCUUGCUACCAAGUUCUGGCAAAGGAUUGCACCGAUGAGCUGAAGUUCAUUGUCUUGCUGAAGAAGGAUCACAUUGAACAGAACCAUAUCAACGUGAAAAUUGCUGACAUUGAUAUUGACCUGUACCCAAAGAACACUGAUGUGAUUGUGAAGGUUAAUGGAAGAGAAAUACCCAUCAACAACCUGCCAUACCAGCAUCCCACAGCUAAAAUUCAGAUCAGACCAAAGGCUGAGGGCAUCUCCAUCUUUGCUCCCAGCUAUGGACUUCAUGAAGUCUUCUUUGACAGGAACUCAUGGAAGGUUAAAGUUGUGGACUGGAUGAGGGGACAGACCUGUGGACUCUGCGGAAAGGCUGAUGGGGAAGUCAAACAGGAAUACCGCACACCCAAUGGACGCCUGACCAAGAAUGCAGUCAGCUACGCUCAUUCCUGGGUUCUGCCGGCUGAGAGCUGCAGGGACACCACUGAGUGCCGGAUGAAACAUGAAUCUGUGCACCUGCAGAAACAGACAAACCUCCACGGCCAGGAGUCCACCUGCUAUGCUAUUGAGCCUGUGCUGCGUUGCCUGCCCGGCUGCUUCCCUGUAAAGACCACAUCUGUUACCGUUGGAUUCCACUGUAUGCCUGCCGGCUCUGCCCUGAACCGCCCUGAGAGCAUCUACGAUAAUAGUGUAGACCUGAGGGAAACUGCAGAAGCCCACCUUGCCUGUAGCUGCACUGCACAGUGUAAUUAACACCUCAUCCUCUCAUUCACUUAAGUCAUGGAUAUUUUGAAUGUACUUGAAAUAAACUGCAUUUCAACAUA